ACGUGGGUGCGGGCAGGAUGGCGGCGGUGGCGGAGGCGGAGGCGCGCGACGUGCAGCGGCUGCUCGUGCAGUUCCAGGAUGAGGGCGGGCAGCUGCUGGGCUCCCCGUUCGACGUGCCGGUGGACAUCACCCCCGACCGGCUGCAGCUUGUGUGCAACGCGCUGCUGGCGCAGGAGGAUCCUCUGCCCCUGGCUUUCUAUGUCCAUGAUGCCGAGAUCAUCUCCUCGCUGGAGAAGACGCUGGAGGAGUCCCAGGCAGUGGAGACAGAGAAGAUUCUUGAUAUCAUUUAUCAGCCCCAAGCUAUCUUCAGGGUGCGGGCUGUGACCCGCUGCACCAGUUCCUUAGAGGGUCACAGCGAGGCAGUCAUUUCAGUGGCCUUCAGCCCCACCGCAAAGUACCUGGCCAGUGGCUCUGGCGACACCACUGUGCGCUUCUGGGAUCUCAGCACAGAGACACCACAUUUCACUUGCAAGGGACACAGACAUUGGGUGCUUAGCAUAUCCUGGUCCCCAGAUGGCAAGAAGCUGGCCUCAGGCUGCAAGAAUGGCCAGAUUCUCCUGUGGGACCCGAGCACAGGGCAGCAGGUGGGCAGGACCCUUACUGGCCACAGCAAGUGGGUCACGGGCCUGAGCUGGGAGCCCCUCCACGUGAAUCCAGAGUGCCGUUAUGUGGCCAGCAGCUCCAAGGAUGGCAGUGUGCGGGUCUGGGACACAACUGCAGGCCGCUGUGAACGCAUUCUCACCGGGCACACCCAGUCAGUCACUUGCCUCCGUUGGGGAGGAGAUGGGCUUCUAUACUCUGCCUCCCAGGACCGCACCAUUAAAGUCUGGAGGGCGCAUGAUGGCGUGCUGUGCCGGACUCUUCAAGGCCAUGGCCACUGGGUGAACACCAUGGCACUCAGCACUGACUAUGCCCUGCGCACAGGGGCCUUUGAGCCUGCUGAGGCCACAGUUAAUGCCCAGGACCUUCGGGGAUCCUUGCAGGAACUGAAGGAGAGGGCGCUGAGCCGGUACAACCUGGUGCGGGGCCAAGGCCCAGAGAGGCUGGUGUCUGGCUCAGAUGACUUCACCUUAUUCCUGUGGUCUCCAGCAGAGGACAAGAAGCCCCUCGCACGGAUGACGGGACACCAGGCCCUCAUCAACCAGGUGCUCUUUUCUCCUGACUCCCGUAUCAUGGCCAGUGCCUCCUUCGACAAGUCCAUCAAGCUUUGGGAUGGCAGGACGGGCAAGUACCUGGCUUCCCUGCGUGGCCACGUGGGUGCUGUGUACCAGAUUGCCUGGUCAGCUGACAGCCGGCUGCUGGUCAGUGGCAGCAGUGACAGCACCCUGAAGGUGUGGGACGUGAAGGCCCAGAAGCUGGCUGCAGACCUGCCUGGCCACGCAGAUGAGGUGUAUGCUGUGGACUGGAGUCCUGAUGGCCAGAGAGUGGCAAGUGGUGGGAAGGACAAGUGCCUCCGGAUAUGGCGGAGAUGAAGAGUCCCACAGUUCUCCAACCCCUCCUCCCCCACUUGAACUCCACCCCAGCCAGAAAACGAUGGCUGGUAGUGGUGCUCGUGGCUUCCUGACAGACCCCAGCCGUGUCCUACCCACAGGAACCCUGCCUGUGGCUUGAAGCUCAAGGUGUUAUUGCCGAACUCAGCCCCAUGCACACCACUCUGUUCCUUGUUGGUGCUAGUGGUGGUAGGGAGUCCAGCUCCCAUGUGCAGCUUCUGCUGCUGCCCCUGUCUCCUUUUCCAUGUGUCAGCUCUGUUGAGGCUCAGUCAGAUCCCAAGUUCUAUGGCCAAAUAAAUAACUUAUUUUUAUGUG